UAUAGGGGCUCUCCGGACAGCCCCUCGCGGGCCAUGGCGGCUGCGGCGCUGCUCCUGCUGCUGUUCCUGCUGCUGCCGCUGGCGGCGCUGCUGCGGCGGGGCGAGGGGCGCGCUCCGCGCUGGGGGGCGCUGCACCUGCUGCACCCGCAGGGGGCGCUGCACCUGCGGCGCCUGGCGCGGCGGCACGGGCCCCUGCUGCGCCUGCGCCUGGGGGGGCGCGACGUGCUGGUGCCGAGCUCGGUGGGGACCAUCCGCGAGGCGCUGGUCCGGCACUGGGGGGACUGGCUGGGGCGUCCCACCAGUUAUCUGGGGUCGCUGGUGUCACAGAGGGGUCGGGACCUGGCACUGGGAGGCCCCUGCCCCGGCUGGCGGCGGCAGCGGGGAGCAGUGCGGGGGGCACUGGCACGGGCUGGAGGGCGUCUUGGGCCCCUCCUUUGGCUGCAGGGCCGGGAGUUGUGUGAGGAGCUGCGUUCCCAUGGGGAGGCCCCCCUGGACCCCUUUGAGGUGUUCACCUUCCAUACCUGCAGCACCAUUGCACGCGUCCUCUUCGGGGACCUGGUGCCCCCUCCGGGAGAGCUCCGGGCCUUCUCCUGCUGCCUUGGGGAGCUGCUGCAGGUUUGGGGGCACAGCAGUGUACGGGCGCUUGACCUGCUGCCCCCGCUGCGGGCCCUGCCCAACCCGGGAUUGCGGAAGCUGCUGCGGCUCGUCCAGCAUCGUGACACCUUCGUGGAGGCCCAGAUCCGGCGGCACCAGGAGUGCCCCUCCCCUCCCCCAGACACAGUUUUGGCAGCAUUGCUGGGGCGUGAUCCCAGGGCACGGGGGGGCCCCCUGAGUCCUCCCCGGCUGCACAUGGCACUGGUCGACCUGUUCAUUGGGGGCACCGAGACGACAGCGGCUGCUCUGGGCUGGGCCGUGGCCUUCUUGCUGCACCGCCCUGAGCUGCAGGCACGGCUGCGGGCGGAGCUGGCGGGGGCACAGGGCCCCCCUGGGCCUGGGGACAUGGGGCGCCUGCCCCUCCUCCAGGCCACUGUCAGCGAGACCCUGAGGCUGCGGCCCCCUGCGCCCCUGGCGCUGCCCCACUGUGCCCUGCGCCAUACCAGUCUUGGGGGACUCCCCGUGGUGGCCGGCACUGUCCUGGUCCCCAACCUGCUGGCAGCCCAACAGGACCCUGACAUCUGGCAGCACCCCGAGGCCUUCCUGCCCGAGCGGUUCCUGGCCCCGGGCGCCCCCUCGCGGUCGCUGCUGCCGUUCGGCUGCGGGGCGCGAUCGUGCCCCGGGGAGGGGCUGGCGCGGGCCGAGCUCUUCGUGUUCCUGGGGCUGAUCCUGCGGGAAUUCCGUCUGGAGCCGGGUCCGGGGGGACUGCCGGGGCUGACAGGGUCGCCGGGCACGGUGCUGCGCUGCCCCCCCUAUCGCCUGCGCAUGGUGCCCUGCCAGCCCCCAGGCUCACCCUCACCCUGGCCUGACUCCACCUGACCACUUUAUUACUUUUCCUGAACACUCUGUGACUCACCUGACUCUUUCUGACCCUCCCUGAAAUACACCUGACUUCAUCUGACCCUGUGUGAUACUGCCUAAACAUGGCUGACCUUGACCCCCUGACUGACCCCACCUGACCUCGGCCUGACCCCCUGCCAGCCUUAUGCCUCACCUUGGCUAUGACCCCCAUCUGACCCUGCUUGAACCCUGCAUGACUCCAUCCCAACCCACUUGACCCUUACUAACCACACCUGAUCCUACCCGUCACUGUCUCACCUCUGGGUGCCCCCAUUCAACAACCCAGAUGCCUGGGUCUCCCCCCAAUGCCAGGGUCAGUGCAGUGUGAGAGGGCCCCAUUUACCUCCUCCCAAUAAAAUUGUUACUUUUGACCCCA